AUGGAUAAUUCGACAGUGAGUCAACAAUUAGAAGAUGAUGUCUAUGAAGCGGAACAGAUCUUAAAACGACGAACUCGAAAGCUCUUGUAUGGACAUUGUUUAAGACAUGGUUAUCUAUCAUUUCGUCAUGACAAGAUCGACAACGAGAAGCCUAGAACUGCUAACGAGAAACGAUCAAUGGGUGAUUCCAAAUUGGAAAUGGGCUGCAAAAUUCAGGCGCCAGAUCACGCUAUCAGAUCGCGCCGUUUCUACUCUAAAACGUGCAAAUACUGCCUCUCGUUUGCAGUGGGUAUCAUAGAGUAUUUAGUAAAAUGGAAAGGUUGGUCACCAAAAUGUAGUGAUUUCAAUCUAUGUUUAAUCUUUUUAAGACAUAAUACUUGGGAACCGGAGUGGAAUAUUUUGGACAAGAGAUUACUGGAAAGUUUUGAAAGGAAACUGCAAAAAUUGAAAAUUAAUCCUAAUAUGAGAAAAAUGACUUCGGAGAAACAUAAAAAAUUGAAAUCGAGAUCGGUAAGUCGUCAUGAUCUCAUACAUGAAUCAUUGGGUAACAAUCCUACAAGUAAUAACCUUGCUAAAGUUGGUUGCAGUCAUUCAAUAAACAAAUCAGACAAUCAUCAUGAUGACGAAAGAGAAUUGCUGGAAUUAGCGGAGGAGACUAUCGACGAUACCAGCGUUAAUAGCGAUAUUGGUGGUAAAAGCGAAGCAUCUCUUGAUUCUGUUGGAUCGAGCGGUUAUAGACCUGCUAACUCUGUCAGCAGUUAUGGUGAUAGUGGAAGCUACUGGAACGAAAACUCCACUUUAGAUAAAGUUUGUGUUACUGAUGUAACCGCUAAUAUGGUUACCGUUACAGUUAGAGAAUGCUAUACUGAUAAAGGAUUUUUUCGAGAUCGUAACGAGUCUGGUUCUUAA